UGCCGCCUUGCCGGCCGAGUCGAUCGGCACCACACACACACCCAACCAUCCAUCCCUCGCGCUCGCAUCGCCUUCCCCCACCGGAGCUCCCAGAUGCCGGGCCUCACCGCGCCGGCGAGCUACUCCGACGAGCCGCCCCGCCACCCGGCGCUCAAGGUCAACUCCAAGGAGCCAUUUAAUGCUGAGCCUCAUCGAUCCGCAUUAGUUUCAUCUUAUAUCACCCCAGUUGAUUUGUUCUACAAGAGAAACCAUGGACCAAUACCAAUCGUGGAUGACCUCUCAAGAUAUAGUGUUUCCAUCACUGGUCUUGUCAACAAGCAAAUUCAUCUAUCUAUGGCUGAAAUUAGGAGCCUCCCAAAGUAUGAUGUAACUGCAACACUACAGUGUGCAGGCAAUAGGAGGACUGCGAUGAGUAAGGUACGGAAAGUGAGGGGUGUUGGGUGGGACAUAUCUGCUCUUGGUAAUGCAACAUGGGGAGGAGCAAAGCUCUCUGAUGUCCUUGAACUAGUUGGAAUACCUAAGCUCAGUUCAGUCACAUCUUUAGGAGGCAAGCAUGUUGAGUUUGUCAGUGUCGACAGGUGCAAAGAAGAAAAAGGUGGUCCUUAUAAGGCAUCAAUUCCACUAAAGCAGGCAACAGAUCCUGAUGCUGAUGUGUUACUUGCAUAUGAAAUGAAUGGAGAGACCCUAAACCGUGACCAUGGGUACCCACUUCGUGUUGUUGUACCAGGGGUUAUUGGUGCACGUUCUGUAAAAUGGCUUGAUAGUAUCAACAUAAUCAAAGAAGAAUGCCAGGGGUUCUUUAUGCAAAAAGAUUACAAGAUGUUUCCACCUUCCGUAGACUGGGACAAUAUUAAUUGGUCAACUAGGAGGCCGCAAAUGGAUUUUCCUGUACAGUCUGCUAUUUGUACCCUGGAGGAUGUAGAUGUCAUCAAAGAAGGGAAGGCUAGGAUUGCUGGGUAUGCGGUUUCAGGUGGUGGCCGUGGCAUUGAGAGAGUUGAUAUAUCUGUCGAUGGGGGUAAAACAUGGGUCGAAGCUCAUAGAUACCAGAAAAGCAAUGUGCCGUACAUAUCUGAUGGACCUCAAAGUGAUAAGUGGGCAUGGGUUCUCUUUGAGGCUACUUUAGAUAUUCCAGCUAAUGCUGAGAUAGUAGCUAAGGCGGUGGACUCAGCAGCAAAUGUUCAGCCCGAAAACGUGGCGGACAUAUGGAACCUGAGAGGAAUUCUCAACACGUCUUGGCAUCGGAUUAAAAUACAAAAUUCCUCGUGUGUGGGAAGAUCCAAAAUGUGAAACAAGUACAUUGCCGAGUGCUUGGAAUGAGAAAUCAAGAACCUUAGUGUCCCGGAAUAAUAAUAGCUUUUUACUGGAAUAAUAAUAGUUAUUGCAGCAUUCAAUGAUUCUCGCAAGACUCUAAUAAACCUGUACUAGAGAACUACUAUGUUGGAAUCGUGGUGCUGG